GAUUGUUUUUCUUUCACGUCGUUGUACGGAUAGUAAGCUAACGGAUAAGGCAAAUAWAAACUUAGAAAAAGAACGCGGUUUGUUGCCUGCCCGUAGCCAUAUUGUGGUGACGGCUUUAAAUGACUGAACCAAGUCUUCUUUAUCGGGAUUAUGCUCGUGGAAAUAUGGUACUGUCGUCAGUGCGAGGAUAUACAAAUCGGGUAAGGCAAGCUAGCUAAAUUAGCUGUAGCAGCUUGCUAGUUUUUUUUAAGGUUCCACAAGGCCGCGGAGAACAGAAGAGCCGCUUCCCGUUCUUGCUUUGCUGAGAAUGUAGUUUUGCAGCAAGUGUUAAACUCGCAACGAUAGUCAGAGCAGCUUGAUUUGCGGUGUAAUCGAUUGCACUUGGUUUUUAAAAAGCAUUGGAGCUACCUAGCUUGCUAGCAUGAGUGAAGUGACGGACUGCAAACUGUCCGCGGACUCUGCRUCGAGGAAACGGUGUCCAUCACCCGGCCAGGAUGAAGGCAGCGCGGUUCCCCAGAAGUCCUCUAAAGUAAGUGACGGUGUCGGUGCAACAGAGACUACGUCGGAAAGUUGCAAAAACAGUGAAAGUGGAAGCAAAGUAGCCUCGCAGGUGGAGCCUAAARAAGUUGGGAACGAAGGUGAUGCUCCGAAGACAGAGCAGGGCUCCGACAGCAGCAGCGUGCAGCCUGCCAACCGCUCCAGAGCUGACAGUAAAAGCGCCAGCAAACCCCUGACCUCAGACACACAAGCACCCUCUGAUKCAAAAGGAGAAACGGAGAAAACAGCGGAGUCGGAUCAGCGUUCCUUACCUCCUCAGUCUGACUCAGCAGCCAUAGCAGCUGCUGAAGCUCUCGCCAGUCUCACCGGAGGCGAUGGAGAAGAGAGUCAGGAGACACCGUGCUCCUCUGAAAAGGCGAAACAGGUAAAACAUGGAAGCAAAUACAAACAACGGGGAGGCCACCAGUCCUCAAAAGUUGGCUCAAAAACACAGGCGGCGGCAGCUGACAGCUCCACAUCUGCGCGGAGCGCAGACAAAGAGGCUGGGGAGGAUGUUCCUGAGGCAGACGAAGGGGAUGAAUCUGGAUCUGGGUCUUCGUCCACGCCGAGCUCCUCUUUCCCAUCUGACAACGAGGACAACGACGAUGGGGAGUGCGCCAUCGUGUCGGUGAAGAUGGCCCCAGAGAUGAGGCAGUCUGUGGCUCUGCUGGCUCAAGUGCAAAUGAGACUGGAGGCUCUUGAGAAGAAAAGUGCCCGACUUCAUCAGCGGCUGGAGCAGAAGAUCAACCGUCAGAGGCGUCCACACCUGGAUCAGAGGAGCUCCAUCACAAAAACUAUUCCUGGCUUUUGGGUGACCGCACUGUUGAACCACCCUCACCUCUCAGCCCACAUUGAUGAGACAGAUGAAGAUGCUCUUAGUUACAUGACUGAUCUGGAGGUUGAAUCUUUUAAGAACAGCAAACUGGGCUACAGGAUUCGCUUCCACUUCAGACGAAACCCGUAUUUCCAGAAUAAUAUCAUAAUGAAGGAGCUGCACCUUGGAAUGGGAUGCUCGUCCUUGUCCUUCUCCAACCCCAUACUYUGGCACCGUGGACACAACCUGACGGCUAACAGUGAGCCCAGGAAGUCGUCCCGUGGYGUUUACGAGACCUUCUUCAGCUGGUUCAGCGACCACAGUAACCCCGGACAGGACGAUGUAGCACAGAUACUUAAAGAUGACCUCUACAGAGACCCGCUCAGAUACUACCUUACUCCUCUCUGGGAACCAAGAGAAAACGGCAGUGGCGCCGAGGCCAGAGCCGCUGGCAACGGGAACGGAGAUGACUGUGUGGUGAUUUCUGACUCCGAUGAUGAGCCCAGCGAGGAGACGGGUGAGGCUGAGCAAGGCCACAGCAGGGAGGAGGAGGAGGAGGASGACGAAGAAGAAGGGGGCGGGGAGGGUGAAGAAGAAGAGGAGGAGGAAGAGGAGGAUAGAGGGGCAGGUGCAGACGACAGCCAGGAGGAUGAAGAGGAGGAGGACGAAGAAGAGGGUGACGACGGCGGCGGUGGCGGCGGAGAAAUAGUUAUUGACGGAUCUGAUGACAGUGACCAGGAGGAGGAGGAGGAGGAGGAGGAGGAGGAGGAAGAGGCCUAAGAAGAACAUGAAGGUGAAGAGACGUUGCACACCAGUCAGCUACAACAUUAAACCCACUCCCUAGUCUUUUUUGUUUUGUUUGUUUGUUUUUUUGGGUGGGGGGUGUCCUCCUCGUGCCACAAAACCAGAUCUGACCCACCAAGAACACAGGACCUGACCGUACUGCUCRGUUAGAUCAGAGACCGGGCCAGCACCAGAAACGAUCCGUCGUGUCCUUUUGAGUGAUUCAGUUUUUAUAGCGUCCCAUCUGCUUUUCCACAAGUGAUGUAAAAAAAAUAAUGAUAAUUUAUGCAAUCUGUUUGAAUAUGAGAACCGAAGUUUUCCCACCAGAACCUUUGUGUAGACACGAGGCUGCCUCRGCUCCCAGUAGUUUUUAAUAUUGUGGCUGAAUAGUGUUGAAUGAAAGCGGGUGGGGCCACCUUAGGGACCAGAGACUGCGACAGUGAAGAGGCGGCUCAGUCGAUGAAGACAAAUAGUGCAAACGUUGACUCGUUCUUCCUGAUGUUGGUUAUUUUUAUGCACAGAAUAUCAGUCUUUGUUUUUAUACAGGAAAAAAAACAGAGAGGAGCUUUUUUAAUUCAGGGUUAACUGUAAUAAUUAAAGCCAAGGCAGCGUGUCCCCGCCCSCUUCCUUAUUUUCUACAGUCAGUACUGUGUAUUCUGGUGUACUCUCAUUCACUUCCUGCUCUUGUUUUGUCUUUUUAAACCGUUUUCGGGGUACAGGUUCCUCCAGGCAGCGACGGAGCAUGCUCUGCACAUGCUUGAAUGCCAGUGAUGGCAGUAMAAUUUUUGAAUAGAAAUUCUUCAAAUAAACACUGAAAUUCUUAGCGGCAUUAUAAGUUGGUCUUUUUUGUUUGUUUGUUUGUUUUUGUUUGUUUGUUUUUGUUUGCUUGUUUUAGAGCUGACGCGUGACAAAGCAAAUGCGUCACAAGUUAAUUCUGAUGUGACUUGUACAUUUCAGAUGCACUGAGUACUGAACCAAAUCUUGUUCUCAGGGAUGAUCAAGGUGGUUGGUGUAUAAAUUAAAGAAAUGCUAAUUUUAGAACAUUCACACACACUUUACUGUCGGUUGUGUAUAAAGACGUGUACUCUACUGUAGUAAAUGGAAGCAGUUAUUUUAAUAGACUACCCGUGUUUUAUUUCCCCACCGUCGCGUUACACGCCAUCCCCCGGCCCUUUAAACCAUACUGACGAUGUAUUUUCUAACCAUCAUGUAGUUUGAUUAACGUUUCUGUGGAAGCCUGGAUUUGUGUAACACGCCUUGACAGUAAGUAGUUUAAACAUUUCUCUAGGUUUUAACUUGCGAACACAAACACCUAAAGUUUAUUUUCAUGUUUUGUCUUUUAAGAUCGGAUUCAUGAAAACGCUGGUAUUUAUUUUACUUUUUUUUUUCUCUACACAUCUCAUUAGGGCAUGCCUGUUAGCACAAACUGUAGGACAGGAGAAUAAAAGUGGACAUGUUCAGUCCACAACAAAAAGAAMAGAGGAGCACUGUAACGAACUUCACAUUUGCUUUUCUUGGCACCGAAACUGUAAAUAUUUCUGCAUUGUCUUUUUGAUUAAACAGCGCUUGUUUAAAUCUUUGUUAAAUUUAUCAUAUCUGGAUUUUUUUUUUUUUUUUUGUAAACUUAAGGAGAACAUUACAUUUUAUGUGCUGUGUUGUAGUUAAGGUUACUUUUUUAUUUGUAAUUUCUUUUUGUUUGAUUUGCUUAAAAGAUAAAUGUUCAUCUUUUGGAUCAGAAUUAAUAAAAUAGAAAAGUGGYUGUU